AUGAGUCGUGACGAGGGCACAGCAAAGGCCAAAAGAGUGCAAGUCGUGGGUGCGCCGCCACCAGUGCACGUAGGAAUACGAGCGCCAGACACAGACUCAGAGCACGAGCAUGAAGAGGCGCACGAUGGUCACUUGAUUGACGCCGAGUCAGGCGUGAACACUAAUCCAACGGAUGACGAGAACGAGAGUAUGCGCGAGCUCAUGAGUAUGUUUCCAGACGACGAGACAGAUCUGGAUCUCACGCACCUGCGAAUCAAGUCAACAAAGCCACUAAAUCUCGGGCGCUUCCAUAAUACCCUGAUCCGACUAGGACUGCGCCAAAACGAGAUCCGUUCCAUGCACGGUAAAGACCUGGGAGCUGUGCCGCAUUUGAAGGAGUUGGAUCUAUAUGACAAUGCAAUUGAGCAGAUAAGUGGUCUAGAAAAUAAUUUGGAGCUCGAAGUGCUUGAUCUUUCGUUCAACAAUAUCCGCCAUGUCUCACGAAUCGCGCACUUGCCAAAAUGCCACACACUUUUCUUGGUGCAAAACAAAAUCGCCCAUAUUCGACCUACGGACCUGCAGCCACCCAUAUCUUUGAGCCUGCGGAGUCUCGAGUUGGGAGGAAACCGCCUUAGGUCGCUGGAGAACUUGUCUCAGCUGACCAACUUGGAAGAGCUAUGGGUAGGGAAAAACAAAAUCACAUCUCUGGAUGGUAUUGCGUCAUUGAAGAAACUGAAGAUUCUAUCGAUACAGUCAAAUCGAUUGACCAAGUUGGAAGGCCUAGACAGCCUUGAGGCGCUGGAAGAGCUGUAUUUGUCUCACAAUGGACUGACAAAACUCGAGAAUCUCGAACACAAUGUGCGUUUGACGACGCUGGAUUUUGGUGCAAACCAAAUUGAAGUUAUUGAGAAUGUCAAGCAUCUCAAAAACCUGUCACAGUUUUGGGUACGUUUACAUUUGAUUAUGCAUGUGCUAUUCGUUCCAGAGCAUGAUAGCUUACAUUAG